CCAAUAAAAUCAGUUUUUAUUUAUUUUAUUUUAUUCUUCUCUAAAACCCUACUUCUCCCACUGUCUCUGCAUCUCACUUUGGCUUCGUUCUGCUUCCAAUUCUUUGCCCUAAAGCCGCAAUAUGAGACAUUCAUGGCGACUGCUUCGUUUACGAGCUCAUUUUCGGUCUCAACUUCGCAUUUCAUCCAACUCCUCACAUUUUCAGGUACUUUCCCAUCCCAAUCUGCAAUCACUUCGCUCUCUAUCGUCACUGUUUCCUAAGCAUCCCGUUCACCACACGGCGUCGCCGCCCAUUUCCGAUUCUCACUUCAAGAGUAUCGUAAAACCCAUAUACGGAACCCCUCGAACGUUCUCCUCCGAACCGGCGGCUGAACAGGAAUCCGAUCGUACUGUUGUGGUUGACAUUUUCUCUAAAUCUCGUGAUGUGGAUGAAAUUAGGAAAGGUUUAGAGUUGAAUGGUACUGUUAUUAGUCAUGGUUUGGUUUUGGAGGUAUUGGGGAAACUUGAGUCGAACCCUGAUUGUGCUAUCAGGUUUUUCGAUUGGGUUUCCGGGGAUUAUGGUGAGAAACUUAGCUCCAAGUCGUAUAACUUGAUGCUGGGGAUCCUAGGUGUUAAUGGCCUUGUUAAGGAGUUUUGGGAUUUGAAUUGUAAUAUGAAGAAAAAGGGUUAUGGGAUAUCAAAAACUGUACGGGAUAAGGUAUUGGAGAAGUUUGAGAAGGAUGGAUUGGAGAGUGAAGCUGAGAAGUUGAGAGAUGUGUUUGCUUCAGGAUCCAUUGACAGGUCUCCGGAGAAGAUUGGUUUAAUCGUCUACAGACUUAUCAGGAAGAAUGUGUGGGGAGAGGAUGUUGAGCAGCAAUUGCGUGAUAUGAGUGUUUCAUUUUCAAGUGAUAUGGUUCAGAUGAUAUUGGAGGAUCUUUGCACAGAACCAACAAAAGCAUUAAUAUUUUUCCGAUGGAUUGAUGAGAGUGGGAUGUUUAAGCAUGAUAAGCAAACUUAUAAUGCCAUGGCUAGGGUGUUAGGAAGGGAAGAUUGUAUUGAUAGAUUUUGGAAAGUAGCAGAUGAAAUGAGGAGCCAUGGUUACGAAAUGGACGUCGAGACAUUUGCCAAGGUGUUGGGACGAUUUUGUAAAAGAAGAAUGAUUGAGGAAGCUGUAAAUUUGUAUGUGUUUGCAAUGGCUGGAGGUAAUAAGCCUUCGGCGGAUUGUCUUACUUUUCUGUUAAAGAAAAUAGCAGUUAGUAAGCAUUUAGAUCUAGAUCUAUUCUCAAGGACAUUGAAGAUAUUUUCAGAGACAGGUAAUGUGUUGACGGAUUCAAUGGUUUUUGCAGUUCUCAAGUCUCUGACUAGUGUUGGUAGAAUUGGAGAGUUCAAUGAGGUUUUCAAUGUAAUGAAAGAGUAUGGAUAUGUAUCUAGUGGUGGUUUGAAGAGAAAGGUUGCAUAUCGACUCAGUAGGACUGGCAAAAGUGAUGAAGCUAAUGAUUUCAUGAAUAGCUUAGAAGCUUCUGGAUGUAAUCCAGACAACAAGACCUGGGCAUCUUUGAUUGAAGGGCACUGUGCUGCUGGAGAUCUUGCUAAGGCUUCUGAUUGUAUCCACAAAAUGGUUGAAAAAGGAGGAGUCUCUUCUGCUGGAUAUGCUUUGGAUUUAAUAGUAAACGGCUACUGUCAAAAGAAACUAGAAACUGAUGCUAGCCAUCUGCUCGUCAAUCUUGUCGAUGAAAAGCAGCUAAAACCGCGCCAUUCUACUUACAAAACAUUGAUAAACAAGCUACUGCUCCGAGGGAAAUUCAAAGAAGCUUUGAAAUUGUUGGGGAUGAUGAGAAAUCAUGAAUUUCCACCAUUUAUUGAACCAUUUAUCUCAUAUGUAUCGAAGUUUGGAACAGCUGAUGAUGCCAUUGGUUUCCUAAAGGGCAUGACAUCGAAGAAAUUCCCUUCUACGUCAGUGGUUCUCCAUUUGUUUGAAGCGUUUUUCCAAGCUGGAAGGCAUGGGGAUGCUCAAGACUUUCUUUCAAAAUGCCCCGGUUACAUUCGUAACCAUGCUGAUGUUUUGGAUCUUUUUUAUUCCAUGAAGCCUGUAGAAGCUCCUCCUCCCCAAAAGCUGGCUUCUUAGACUCACAUAAUGUCUCCCUGCAAUGUAGUUUAUGAGGUUUCUUGUGGUAUUUGAUCAAUUAAAAGGUUUUGUUUCAAAUACUUCAUCUGUUUCCAAAAUUUGUUGGCCCAAUGGAGCAUGAUUAAAUUAACUUUGUGGAGAAUAAAAAUUGCGGGAACAAGUUUCCUGUGAUCGAGCUCCAGUUUCCUACUACUUCCUGUCUUAUUUAUGUAAUCUAGGGUCUCUAUUUUGUAGCCUCCUAUAAAGUUGAGUUUUUUAUUUUUUAUUUUUGUUUAUAAAUCAUUACAGAAUUA